UGUCUAUAGCCAGACCGGGUGAUAUAGCGAGUUGUUUAUAUCUAAAUUGUAAACGUAACCAUAGUUUUCAUUAACCUAAAAGUGGGUUAUUGGCAUUAUUAGGGAGCGAAUUCUAAUGUUUGUCAAGUGUAUAGUGAAAUCACAACUUUAUAAUAUCAUAGACGAGUGCGUAAUUCAAUUCAAUUAGGCUACUACAACUUUAUCGGUAUUUUAAAACCUUAGUUUUGUGAAAUCAGCCAAACUUAGUUUAUUUUCAGCAUGAAUAGGCCAAAUUUAAGGAGAGAUCUCGGAGGUGAGCAUGGGUACAAUCGGUUGGUUUUUAAAAUAGUUUUGGGACUCUUUAUAUUCUUGGUGCUGUUCAGUUUUCCUCCCUUAUGUGGAGGACAUUCUCACGGCCAUGGCCACUCUCAUGGCCAUGGUCAUUCCCAUGAUCAUGAAAUCGACGAACCACCUUCUUUCAAGUAUUCUCAGACAGCAAAUGUGAAAAAACCUGAAAGCCAUUCAGACAAACCACCUAGCCCCAAAGUCUCAAGAGAGACGUUAUGGAUGGAAGCUCUUGGAUCGACAUUACUCAUUAGUUGUGCUCCGUUUUUCAUCUUAUUCUUAGUUCCUCUGGAUAACAGUAAAGAGAAGGAGCCACUUUUGAAAUUGCUCCUAAGUUUUGCUUCUGGAGGAUUGCUAGGUGAUGCAUUUCUGCAUCUAAUUCCUCAUGCGCUUGCCCCACAUACCCAUGGAGGAGAUCAUUCUCAUGAGCCUCAUAGUCAUUCUCAUUCUCACGAGCCAGUCCACAGCCAUUCGCACACCCAUGAUCACGGAGGUCAUGGUCAUGAUAUGAGUGUAGGUCUUUGGGUGCUUUGUGGAAUCCUUACAUUCUUGGUAGUGGAAAAGUUUGUUAGGCUUGUGAAAGGAGGGCACGGUCAUUCUCAUGGUGCUCCACAAGAAAAACACCAAAAAAAGGAAAAACAAAGCGAUGAAGAGGUAACUGAAGAUGAAGGUAAAAAAUCGUCUAAAAAGAAGCAAAAGGAUAAUAAAAGUGUAGAAGACAAGAAAAAAGAAGAAGAAGCAGAUGAUAUAAAAGUUGCUGGUUACUUGAACUUAGCAGCUGAUUUCACCCACAAUUUCACUGAUGGUCUCGCUAUUGGAGCGUCUUUUCUUGCUGGACGCAGUAUUGGUCUUGUAACAACAGUUACGAUUUUGCUUCACGAAGUUCCUCAUGAGAUCGGUGAUUUUGCCAUUCUCAUUCAGUCUGGCUGCAGUCGGAAAAAGGCAAUGCUGCUUCAAUUGACAACAGCCGUAGGAGCCCUCGCUGGAACUGUCGCUUCUCUCUGUGCGGAGGGUCUUGAUAGUGCCGCCACUGCGUGGAUCCUCCCAUUCACAGCUGGAGGUUUUAUCUACAUCGCCACCGUCUCCGUCAUCCCCGAGCUUCUCGUUGACACCAAGUUCUGGCAGUCCGUCAAAGAGAUUAUUGCACUGCUGGUCGGCGUCUACAUGAUGGUUCUCAUCGCUGAAUACGAAUAAAUUCUGACACAGCGUUGCACAACAUUGAUCAAGUAAUUCAUAUUUGAAUUACAGAAUUUAUAUAGUUUUAAUGUGAAACUACUCUUCAAAGCAACUUAAGUGACUGAACUCAAAACUUAACAGUUUAUAUGUUGUUUACCUACUGCUAAAAAAUGUAGGUAAAAGUAAUUAUGAGUCAGAAACUGAUUUCAGUGUCUCAGCGUGAACUCAAAAGAUAACAAUGUAAAGUAAAAUAUUUAUAGGGUUGGUAAGUAUUUUUUUCUAUAAAAGUAAUGAAAUUGCAAGUUCGAAGUAUUUAUCUAUCUCCCUAAUCGUUCUUGAAGACUUUAUUUCAAGUUAAUUACUUAUUUUUAACAAACAAAAUCACAUUAAUGUGGAUCAACACAAAUUUGAUAUGUACAUUAAUGCAGGAUUAAAUUAAAAGCAAGUAUUUUUGAUUAAUUAUCAGCAAAAACUGUUUAAAUAUUUGAUAAAUUUUCAUUAGCUUAGUUUACAACAUUCCAUAACUAAUUGUUUCAUUUUUUGUAAGGAAUUUUUUUUUCUGAUGGUUAUUUUUUAGGACGUCUCUUUAUCUAGAAAAGUUAUUGCUAAUUUACAGCGCAAAUUGUUCGAAUUCAAUGUCAAUUUAGCUUAAAACAACUCUCUACUAAAAUACUAAACUUCUGAUGAAAAUAACAGAAUGAUAACAGCUAUUAUGAUUGGCCUACACUUGUGUGGAGCCACCUGUCAAAAAUAUCCAUUAGCCUACUUACUAGUUUAUGAACUAAGAGAAUAUUGAAGUUAAAAUGUCUUAAUUUCAUUAUCGUAUAUGUGUCCUAGAAUUAUAUUUAGUACUGGAUCGUAUGUCUUGUGUAUUUUUAUGACCAAGCAUAAAUGAAAAAGUCUUGAUAUUUGUUGGGAUUUAUUUUAUUUUGAUUAACUCAGUUCUUAUUAUGUAACAGCACUGAGGGGGAAUGAUAUAUUUUGUUACCUUCCUAAGGAAAACCUAAUCAUUAUUUAGCAUACAGACCUUAAUGACAAUAAUCAUCUCCUGUUUAUUGUAAUAAGUAAAUAACUUUCUUUACUUUUUGAUCAUAGCUUUAACAAUUUGUUAAAACUUUUUUUCAAUGAGAUUAAUAUUUUUGUUUCAAAUAUAUAUUGUAUAGGCCUAAUUAAUAAUUAUGACUUGUUUGAAAUCAAAACAAAGAUUUUAUCGAUUUUUUCAUUUAAUUUGUAAUAAUGUUUUCACUGUAAUAGAAAGGUGUUGUUUAAACAAGUCAAAUAUUUUUUUGACAGCCAAAUUAUCGAUAUGCUUGAAUUGAAUGCCACCCAAUAAUUUGUUAUACCACUUUAGUCUUACUUGAUGUAUUUGAGGGAUACCUCAAUUUAAUUUAUUGCAAGACGGUUCACCCUAAAUCAUUGUGAAAAAUAUAAAUACAGAAUACACAUUUAUUUGCAUAUUAUAUUUUAAAAUGUAUACUUACGAUUGAUUUAUCUUCAUUCUGAGCUGGUGAUCGAAGGUAAGUGUUGAACAGUUAUUGUUAUGAUUGUUUAUUAAAUUGUUAUAAAUAUUAUUAUAUUUUUACUAUAAUAGCUCAAACUUAUUCAAACUAUUAUUUGUGUGUGUAUUAAUUUGACAUUCAAUUAAUUGUUAAAUUAAAUGUUAAGAGCGAUUGGUUGAGUGUUUUUUUUUUAUCUUCGCUGGAAAAGAAAUUGAUUUUGUUUGUAAAUAUUUAUAAGUAGUCUCUUUCUAUUUAUAAAUAGAAUAUCACAUUGUGUUAUAUUUAGUUAUUGUGAUUUAUAAAUAAAAUGUAUUUUUAUUGUA